AUGUACAAUAGUUUAUGUUAUAACGGUGAUUUCCAUCAAGUUGCCGAAGAUACCCAUUGGUAUCCAUUUAUGAAAAUCGCCAUUGAAUAUCUGCGUGAACACCAUCCACCGCCGUUACAACCCAAUGAUGACGAUGGACAAAAGUUACUUGUAUUUCUACUCGCUAUAGCCUCCCAUCAAAUAGCUGAUGCUGCUUGGCAUGGAAAUUUGACAGGCUGUCCGAAUGGAUUUAUCGAUGCAACAGCUUGGGAAAGUUUUAAUGACAAUGAAGACGCGGCACAUUCAAGUGAUGAUACAGGCGGAGAUUGCGUUAUGGAUUACGAGUUACCGAUCGGUUAUAUGGCGUCCAUCGAUAACUGUUGUGUUCCUAGCAAUGAACUUGAAGAGAUCUAUGAACGAUAUGCUGUCGCCUAUAACUCAUCAAUUGAAAACAAUGUUACUACAACACUUAUUCAGACGUGUACCAGUAUUCUGCUCGUUGGGAAAUUAGCUGAUGCACUUUUUCUCGGUCUUGAAUAUCCCACAUACUCAAGCAAUAAUAGUUUUCUUCUCGAUCAACUGCAUGAAUACUACUACGGUGGUUUAUCAAACAUGGUUCGGCUGGCAGUGCAAUAUUGGGAUCAGAUUAUUGCAAUGUACGAAUAUGGGACAGAUAUUUGUACAUUGACUGGCAUUAAUCCAUACUAUCUGAAUUGUAACAUUUCUAACAAUUUCACACAUCAACAACAGCAAGAAUUGACAUCGUACGUUCAAUCAGCACCUUCAGGCUACUUACCUUUUGCAGACAAUACUUUAUCGUUAGUGCCAUCGUUUAGUCUCAUCGAAAUUCAGACUGGACUCAUUUCAAAUCAAAGCUAUGCUGCAUUUGGUCAUGCAACACUCUUUGGUGAUUUUAAUGGUGAUGGACUUACAGAUCUUGUCGUGUCAGCACCUGAUUAUUAUGUACUCGGAUGUGUGCAAGGUGGUCGAGUGUUCAUUAUCUAUGGUCAAGUGGGUUGUUCUCUCGUACCUCAGCUUAAAAUUUCAGUUAUUGAAGAGCUUGCUAAUCAAACACUUAUUUCGCCAGAAUGCGAUGGUGAUCGCUUUGGUUCAGCAUUGGCUUGUCUUGAUUGGAACAACGAUGGAUAUAACGAUCUGGUCAUUGGUAGUCCAUCACACGGACCUAACUUUCGUGGAGCAGUAUUUGUAUUUCUCGGUAGUGCACAAGGUCUUCAAUCUCUUCCAUAUAUGCGCAUUUAUGGGGUGAAUGAGCACGACAGGAUUGGAUGCAAACUCUACACGGCAGACCUUAAUAAUGAUACUCGACGUGAUUUGAUCAUUACUAGUCCAUAUGCUCAGCCGAACGGUUAUAAUCAGCCACAACAAGGAGCUGUCUGGAUCUUCCUGAACUCUGGUCAAAAUAUAUCUAACAAUGAACUCACCGUUGCCAAUGCAUCGUUCACCAUCUGGGGUGAAACAGCGAAAUCGAAAUUUGGUUACUCACUUGAAAUGAUUCCGCCGUCGUGCAUCAACAAUGUGAACUAUCCAACUCUUAUGAUCAGCGCUCCAGCCGAUCAGGGUAAACUGUUCGUAUACUCAUUUCAACCUGAACCCCAUCUCCUUCUUACUCUCAUGGGUCAAGAUGAAAAUGAUCAUUUUGGACAGAGUUUUUCGAUUUAUAAAAACACAUGUCGACUCGCUGUUGGAUCACCGACCCGUUCUAUUAAUUGGGUCGGUGGUGUUGAUGUUCUUUCACUGCCCAAUCUUUUCAAUCAACCAAACACUUCUCUUCAAAUAAGUGACAUUUCUGCGCGUCUCUCAAUUUCUGGUAAUAAGGUCUUUGGACGUCUUGGUACGACAGUCCAAUGGAAACCCAACGGUGAUCUAUGCAUAUCAGCUCCACUUGGCAAGAGAAACAUUCAACCAUUGCAGUUACAAAAGUCCGUAGGUCGUGCGUAUAUCGUAUCAGCUAAUCGAAUCUCACCACAACCCUAUCUUGUGGCGCAGGAUAUUUCAAAUUUAAGUCCGAAGGUUUACAUCGCUCAGAACCAAAUGAACCGAUUCGGUAGUGGUGCUAAUAUUCUUUCCUCAACAUCUGUCUCGUACUAUGUCAUUUCAUCGCCGUUUACGACUGUAUGCACUACUGUUCGUCUUCCGGGCAUGUUAUAUUUUCUACUAUUAUAA